UGCAUGUAGAGGCUGAGGUCACAAGUAGCUCAUACCACCCGACAUGCCGGCACAUAAAAACCCUUCCCUCCCACCACUUUGCUCCCAAGCUUCUGUUUACAUCAUUCAAACAGACCAAUCGAUUCUUGCUUCUACACCAUAAGAUACCAAAAAAUUUGCAAACAUGUCUCUGCACUACCUCCCCCCCGUCAAGCCUUCGGCCAUCGCCCUCGGCACCAUCUUCAACCACACUGCCGAGCUUGCUGUCUUGACUCCCAUCUUUGGCGCGACUUACCAGCGCGCUAAGGCCGCCAACACCAAGGAGGAAUUCGCUCGCUCCAAGGAGGCUCAGGGUGCUGCCGUCGCUUGGGGUACUUCCCUCGUCGGCUCUGCCCUCCAGUCAUAUGGUGUCGGUGCCCUCAUCAACGCGACUGGUACCUUGUCGUACAAGGGCGCUGCCUACCUCGGCUCUUUGAUCUUCUUCGCUACCUCUGCCCCCGGAUACAUCUCUCAGGUCUUUGUCGAGAAGCGUCCUGUUGAUACAGUCGGCGUCAGCGUCCUGGCCAAGGUCAUCGAGACCGUUGGCCUGUCAGUCUUCCUUACCUGGUGGGGCACCCGCACCAACCCCUUCGACUAAAGGGUUUAAUGUGUUAUGAAUUCCGUCGAGCAUCCAAGGAUAUGGAUUGCUACUGUGCUAUUAUAGUUGGGUCGGAUGGGAUGUGGUCAUGGAGUUAAAGAAAGCCCAUAAUCGCGGCUAGGGUUAUUGCCAUGUACCUACACUUUUACGUCUGCUCGAGCCAUGAUUCUUCAAUUGACUAAGUCAAGUCAAGCCAUCGCUCUUCAUCAAACAUACACGUGAAGAUUUAGCUAUUGUACGCGACA